AAAGCACAGCAAAAUAAAAUGUCCACCGGGAGUUGAGCCGGGAUUCCUUAGAUUCUUUCCAAACUUCGUCGCUCUAAACUGGCAAUAUUUCACUGACGCUUUUCUGCUGUAGAAACGGACGACGGAACCGGAGUGUGGUAUACAGCAAGUGCAACCAACCGUGUGUUGUUCAUAGUUUCGGCGGCGUGCAUUCGAGUUUGGCGUCCGGCUUCCCGGUUUGUUUGUGCUCCUUUGCGAUUACCCGGCAUCGGCGUACCGGUGAUUCCCACCCAAGAACCCUUUUAGAAACAGUUGCAGGUUACACCAGCGUUUCGUAACAUGGCUUCAGUCGCAAAGAAACCAAAGAAGUCAAUGGACGCACUGGAGGAUGAGUCGGAAGCGCUGGAAGCGAUAGACAGCUGCCAGAACGAAAUCGACGCACUGAACGAGAAGGCAAGCGAAGAGAUACUUCAAGUGGAGCAGAAGUACAACGCAUUGCGCAAACCCUACUAUCAGAAGCGCAACGAAAUCAUCCAACGCAUUCCAAGUUUCUGGGUAACGGCCAUCGUCAAUCAUCCUCAAUUGUCGCGCAUUCUGGAGGAGGAGGAAGAGGAAUGUCUGCAGUUUCUGGAUAAGCUCGAGGUGGAGGAGCACGAAAACAUUAAGAGCGGAUACUGGAUCAACUUCUACUUUGACGAGAAUCCCUACUUCGAGAAUAAGGUCCUUACGAAGAAGUUCAAUCUGGGUGCUGUGAACAAUGAAACUCCCGUGUCGACAAGUACACCGAUCAAGUGGAAUCCGGAUCGUGAUCUGACUAAAACGCUGCCGAAGAAGAUGGCAGCAGCAGGGCGGCGAAAACGCCACCUGCAGUAUCGGACGUUCUUUGAAUGGUUCACCGAUAAUAACGAUCCUAUCAAUGAUGAUAUCGCUGAGCUGAUCAAAGAUGAUCUGUGGCUGAACCCGCUACAAUACUACCUUGUCCCCGACGUCGAGGUAGAGCAGGAGGACGACGAGGACGGCGAGGGGGAAGAUGACUUUGGCGAGGAGGCCGAUGAAGAGGAAGAAGCUGAGGAGGUAGAAGAUGAGGAAGAGAAGGCAUCCUAAACCCUUUUCAGGCUACUUAUAAUUGUAUUUAGCCCAUACUGUCGACUAAGAAUCACAUUGUGUUGGUGUAACUUUCCAUACUACCACCUAAUCUGGACACAGUCGUCGUUUUUAUUUGAUAUCUUCUGUAAGGGUCACUCAAUUACUAUUUAAACUUAAAAAUGAAGAUAAUGUAUGACAGACUAAUUAGGUUCACAAAACGCUGAACACGGAUACGGUACAGCACCUGUCCUAUCUCUGUCGUCAGCUGAUAAAGCCGUAGUUCCAGCAAUAAGAAACAAUCGCAUGUAACUUCACAAUAAACCGGCUCCGGUGUAUCGUAGUAAAUUGUGAUGCUUCCAUUCGUUCAUUUCA